GGUUGUAGAUGUAUCGUUGGUAAAGUGUACGUUUCGAUCAGUUGUGCUCGCAGAGCGUAAAAUGGAAAGUCUCAAAAUAUGUCUGGCUCUGAUUUUGGUGCUGGUCAGCGUUCCUUUCAGAUCUGGGCAAAUAAUAAAUAGGCCUAAUGUAUUGCUACUAGUUUUGGACGAUUUUCGACCGGCUAUUAAAUCAUUUGGUGAUACCAAAGCGAUAACACCAAACAUCGAUAGGAUAGUUAACAAUGGAUAUUAUUUCACCAACGCUUUUGCACAGCAAUCGAUAUGUGCACCGAGUAGAAACUCAUUUCUCACCGGCCGUAGACCGGAUACUACAAAACUGUAUGACUUCUACAGCUAUUGGAGAGAAUCUGCAGGCAAUUUCACAACGCUACCUCAAUAUUUUAAGCAAAACGGUUACCUAACUAAAUCGAUUGGAAAGGUAUUCCAUCCUGGAGUAUCCUCGAAUUUCACUGAUGAUUAUCCCUUAAGUUGGACCGAUGAACCUUACCAUCCUUCAACAGCGGAAUACAUGAAUGAACCAACUUGUAUCGAUAUGGCAACCGGAAAUAUGACGAAUGAUUUACUGUGUCCUGUCGUACUACCACUACAGCCAGAAGGAACUCUUCCUGAUAUACAGAGUACCGAAGAAGCUAAAAACUUUUUGAAAUCUCAUCGAAACUACAGUUCACCAUACUUUCUUGCUGUAGGAUAUUAUAAGCCCCAUAUUCCUUUCAAAAUACCGAUGGAAUAUUUGAAGCUACAUGAAAACACUAAUUUUAGAACUCUGGAUUUGGACUAUCCGCCAUAUGGACUACCGACAGUAGCAUGGAACUCUUACUUAGAUAUCAGGAGUCGGGAUGACAUGAUGGCUUUGAACAUAAGCUAUCCAUUUGGCCCGAUUCCAGAGCUGGUCAAAUUAAAAAUACGUCAACACUACUAUGCUGCGGUAACUUACAUUGAUACCUUGAUCGGAGAACUGUUGAAGGAUGUUAACUUCGAAAACACUAUAAUCGUUAUAACAUCAGAUCACGGAUGGGCACUCGGUGAACAUGCCGAGUGGUCAAAAUAUAGCAAUUACGACGUUGCUUUGAAUGUGCCUCUCGUCGUAUACAAUCCACUUGUGAAACUGAGAUCCGAGAAUAAAAUCGAAACGGUAGUUGAACUGCUAGACCUAUUUCCCACUUUGGUGGACUUAGCUGGACUACCACCGAUUCCAACUUGUAAGACCAAUCGGAUAGUUGAGGAAACAUGCGUGGAAGGAAAGUCCUUGCAACCAUUGAUUUAUGGUGAUCCGUGCGACAGUUUAUUGGAAGAAGCUUUCAGCCAAUACCCAAGACCAGGAACCUACCCGUCCAUUCAUCCGAAUAGUGAUAAGCCAAAGCUUUACCAAAUCGAAAUUAUGGGCUACAGUUUACGCACCAAGCAGUACCGUUAUACCGCGUGGAUUGGAUUCGAUCCGAACAAUUUUACUCGAGAUUGGAGCGAAAUCUAUGGUGAAGAAUUGUACGAUCAUACCAUUGAUCCCAAGGAAAAUAUGAAUAUUGUCAACCGAUCACAUUUGGCCCCGGUAGUUGAAUGGUUAAGACUACGACUGCAGGAGAAAUUUUGUGGAAUAUGAAUUAAUCGUCCGUUGAUGUUCCUAUACACUGAAGGUGCUUUUUCUGUCAAUGCUUAGGUAUUGCUGUACACAUAGGGCUGGUAGCGCCUGAAUGUCUAAAAAACGGAAACUUAAGAGAACACAUUUUUGAAAUAAAAGCCACAUGAUUGAAAAGAGAAAAAUCAGGAAUCAAAAUGAAACUACUCAGAGUACCAAAAAACUAGAGCUAUCAGGAACCAGCGAAUACGAAAGAAGUAAUUGUAUGAGAUUCAGCCAGACUUGUAUCAGAGAGCACUUUCAAGAAUUUCAUUGAGGAUAACAUUAUGUUAGAUUGUUAGGUAUUACUUUAUUUAUGUUGUCAUGAUUUUUUUUCUAAUUUUUUAUUCAUUAGAAAUAAAUUGAGGCACUUGCCCGAAAUUUCUUCUGAUUUA